AUGGCGAUGGAGAUACUCACUGCAAUUAUUCCUACAAUAAUUGACUACACAGUUAUACCAGUUGCACGCCAAGUGGGUUAUAUCAUUUCCUACAAAAACAACCUUGAAGGUCUAAGGAGUAAAUUGGAGGAUUUUGAUGCUGUCAAACAAAGGAUGAACCAUGCGGUUGAAGAAGUCGAAAGAAAAGUUAAUCAAAAAGUGGAAGCUGAUGUCCGGAACUGGCAGACAGAAGCGGAUAAGAUCUCUCGAGAGGCAGAAGCAGUAUUGGUUCAUGAAGGCUGUGCAAAGACAAAGUGUCUCUAUAUAUGUCCCAAUCUGAUAUACUAUCAUCAGAGUAGCAGGAAGUCAACAGAACUAAUGGCAAAGAUUGAAGCACAUGAAAAUAAAAAAGAAAAGUUUAGCAGGCUUUAUUACGAUGCUCCCGUAGAAGACAUAUCUGGCACACCCUCAGACGGGUACAUGGCCUUUGAAUCAAGGAUUUCAAUGGUGAAGAAUAUCAUUACGGAACUGAAAAAACCUAAUAUCAACAGGAUUGGGGUGUACGGAUUAGGGGGCGUUGGGACAACACUUGCCAAAGACGUUUACACAGAAGCUGUCAAAGAGAAGUUAUUUGAUGAUGUGGUUAUAAUUCUAAAUGUAAAAGAAAAGGAAGACAACAUAACAAUUCAAAAGGAAAUUACCAAAAAGUUGAGGAUGUACGUUGAUGAAUCUGAGGACAUGGGAACAAGGGCGAGUCUCCUACAAGCCAGGAUAAAAGAGGGGAAAACUCUUGUCAUUUUAGACGAUGUUUUGAAAGAAAUUAACUUUGAGGCUGUGGGACUUGUCGGUGUGCCGAACUGUAAAUUAUUGUUGACUUCCAGAGAAAGAAAAGUUUUAUACUCUGAUAUGCGUACGCAGAAAGAAUUUCCACUUGGAUUUUUAACCGAAGAAGAAAGUUGGAGUUUGUUUGAGAAUGUGGCAGAUAACGUCGUUAAAGACAACCGUAUACUGAAAGAAGCAACCCAACUAGCAAAGAAAUGUGGAGGUUUGCCGGUUUUGGUUGUUGCAGUUGCAAGUGCUUUAAAGGAUAGUAGAUUGCAGGAAUGGAAAGAUGCGUUGAAAAGCUUCAAAAGAUUUGCCGAGGAAGAAUUGGAUGAAAAAGCAUUCUUGGCUCUGAAGUGGAGUUACCAACGAUUGGAAGAUCAAGAGCUUCGUUAUGACUAUGGGACUGUUAGAAUGCAUGAGCUUGUACGAGAUGUUGCUGUCCGGAUCGCAUCUGAUGAUCAAAAGGCCUUUUCAAGAGCAUAUGGAGACGAGGUUAAAGAUUGGCCGACUGAGGAUUUCCUUAAAAAAUGCACAAGUAUGUCCUUAAGUCGUUGCAAGAUCCGCAGACUUCCUGAAGUACCUUGGGAAUGCCCAGAAUUAAAACUUUUGGUCUUGUGGAAUGACAGUAUUGGCGACUCCCAGGAAAUCCCAAGCAAUUUUUUUGAAGGAUUGAAAGAACUCAAGGUGUUGGAUGUAACCAAAUUCCGUAUUCCAUCACUACCUCCAUCUCUUCAAUCCCUAAAGCAUCUCCACACAUUGUGUUUAGAUCAUUGCGAGUUGGAAGACAUAGCUCUUGUUGGACAACUAACAAACUUGAAAAUCCUUAGCCUCUUACAGUCCGAGGUUAAAGAAUUGCCCAAAGAAAUAAGGCAAUUGACUAGCCUCCAAUUAUUGGAUUUGACCUGUUGCUCUAAACUUGUUCUGAUCGCACCUAAUGUUAUAUCAAGCUUGAAAAGGCUAGAAGACUUGAGGAUAGGAAUAAAAAGCUUCAAGCAAUGGGAGGGUGAAGGUUUGGUCGAUGGUAGAAGUAAUGCCAGCGUUUCAGAGCUGAAGCACUUAUCUCAUCUAUCCGCAUUGGACGUACACGUUCCAGAUGCUAACCUUCUUCCAACCGACUUGUUCUCCGAUAAGUUAGAAAGAUACACCAUACUUGUCGGUGAUUGUUGGGAGUAUCCUAACAUCCUUGCAACCUCCUCUAACAUGCUCAAGCUCAAGCUCACCAGGAGAAAUCAGUUCGACGGAGGUAUAAAGUUGCUGGUAAAGAAAUGUGAGCAGUUGUACUUGGAUGGGGUGGAGAGUGUGAAUAUUAUUUCCUAUCUAUUUGACAGUGGAGCUGUUAAUCAACUGAAGCAUUUCCAUGUCCAAAACAACGACGAAGUUAAAUAUGUCAUUAACUCCGUCAAUUGGAGUUACUCUCCUAAUGCCUUCUCCAACCUGGAAUCUCUAGCUCUUGAAGACCUUGUGAGUUUGGAAAGUGUAUGUUAUGGGCAACUCAUAGGCGAGCCUUUCCGAAAGUUAAAAUUUUUAACACUUCGGAAUCUACCAAAGCUUAUUGGUUUCUCUGAUCAAUUAACAAUUGCUACAGAAGCCGACGAAAUCGUUACGGAGGAUGAAGCUGGUGGACAAUCGAGACUUUUCAAUAAUGAAGAGGUUUCAAUGCUAACAACCUUGACUGUGCAUGGAUGUGAUAGUUUAAGAUUCUUGUUUUGGAGUUCCAUGGCUAAAUGUCUCAAACAACUCAAACAUCUCAAGAUAUCUAAAUGUCAAGCACUACAAAUGGUAUAUGACAUAUCGUCUACCACCCAGUUGAAUGACUUUGAGUGCUCAAAUCUAAGCUCAAUUGAGAUAGACUCAUGUGAUGGCUUGGAAAAUGUCUUUCCCGCCUCAGUGGCCAAAGAUCUUAAGCAACUAAGCAAGUUGAAGGUUAAGAAUUGUGGUUUAAUGGAGGUUGUUGUGAAGGAAGAAGGACCACAAACGACAUACGAGUUCGGGUUCCCUAAAGUAACAUCUAUGGAAUUUGAUAAUUUGCCCCAACUUCGGAGUUUCUAUCCAGGAUUGCAUGUUUGUAAUUGGCCAUCACUCAACAAAUUAAAGUUCACGAAAUGUGGUGGUGUGGAGAUUUUUGCUGCUGAAUUUUCAACAUAUCAAGACAAGUUUGUGUUGGGCCACCCAAGACCAACAGAACAACCUUUCUUUUUAAUUGAGAAGGAUAAGUCAUUCCUCAACUUGGAAUACUUGGUUUUGGACGAGAAGACGGAGAUUUUGAAUGGUCCACUCCUGUCAGAGUUGUUGAGAAAACUAAGAUUUAUUGGUUUUGCUACUUCACAUCCCAAAUCAGAUUAUUUCUUUGAGAAUUUACAGAAUAUUGAACAGCUCCGUGUGCUCUCUGCUCCUUGGAAAGAAUUAAUUGUCCACGACUACCAAGGAAGUAGUAGCGGGGAAAUACAUGAAGUUAAGACCCUCCCACGUGUAAAGGUUUUGGGGCUCGGCAAUAUGCCGGAGCUGAUACAUCUAGGAAGGGAGAACUCCCAACCAGGGGGCCCUGUUUUUCCGAACUUGGAAUUUCUACGCCUAGAAAAAUGUAGCAGAUUAGAUAAUCUAGCUUCAACUUUGAUAUCCUUUUGGAAUCUAACCACUUUGACCAUAUUGGAUUGUCACAGACUGCAAUACUUAAUACCUCAUUCUGUGGCUAAGAAUUUGCAGCAACUCAAGAAGUUGGUAGUUAAGUCCUGCGAAAGAAUGGUAGAAAUAGUGGCAAGCAACGAAGAUGAUUCAGAAAAUGAGAUUACUUUCAGUUGCUUGGAACAUUUGGAACUUUCUGGUCUACCAAGUCUGCAAGGAUUUUGCAAGGGAAAUUGCAUUUUCAAAGUCCCAUCCUUACCCAAUUUGAUUGUCGAGGACUGCCAGCUGAAGAUUUCUCCUGAUGGGUUACUCCAAAGUGAUCCAAGACCAAAAAGACUACAAAUAGCAGAGGAAACUGAUGAUGUAUCGAUGCUAAGUGAUUCAGAGGAGAGUGAUCCUGAUCAAAUUGUAAGACCAGAAGAUACAAAUUUAGAUGUUACAAUUGCAACACUCUCUACCAAAGAGGAAUCCUCAUUUUUUGGCUGGCCUGUUAAGUUUUUCCGGCUGUGUGUGAUUGCUUGUUUGUGUAUUAUAUUCUUCUUCCUUUUAAAGGAAGAAAUAUCAUCCUGUCAUAGUUCCAAGAACAAGAUGGGCACCACUCUUAUUGUCAGCGACCGCCAUAUCGGAUUUAAGUUGGCAAGCUUCCGCCUCAAGGAAGAAGCCUUGGUUAUGUGA